AUGAGUGCAGAGGGGAAAGAGCAAGUGCUUCAGAGUUGGGAGAGUGGGAGCGACAGACAGAGCACGCAGGCGGGAGGCCCUCCCUGCCGCCGCGGCCGCCUCGCCUCGCCUGGACCCAGCCCAGCGGCCGCCGCUGACAUGGACGGACCCGCUGACAGUGAUAUGAUGCCAAAGAGGGAUCAUGAGAAGGAUCUAGAGCUGGACAAGAAGAUCGAGGCUCUCCGCAGAAAGAAUGAAGCUCUCAUGAAGCGGUACAAGGAGGUGGAGGAGGACAGGAAAAGGGCAGAAGAGGAAGGAAUGGCACUGCAGAGCCGAAAGGGCAAAGCUGAUGAUCUGACUAUCACGAUCAGCAAGUCCACGAAUGACAAUCGUGUGGUGGUGACAAAGCCAUUCAGCGGUGGUUCACCAGCUGGGAAAGGACAGCAGGAGGCCGGGCUGGACAAAGGGGGGGGCGGCCCAGCACAGGGUGGCGGGCGAGGCCACAGGAAGCAGCUAAUGGUCACCAUGGCUGGCAAAAAGGGUAAGAGGGUGGUGAGCGAGAGACCGGAGAAGAGGCCGGGCCCCGCAGACGUCAGGAGCCCCACACAUGACGGACAGCCGAGUCAGAGAGGGAGGCAGCCGCCUCACCCCACCAGGAGAGACACAGCACAGGAGGAGACUAAACAAGGGCAGAAGCUCUCAGAGGAGCCCCGCGAGACGUCAGAGCAGUUGCAGGAGACGGAGAACCAGGAGGCCAGCACAGACCUCAACGUCCCCACCUCAAAGGAGGAGCAGGAGGAGUAUCUGCGCUGGAAGAAGGAGCGCGAGCAGAUUGACAGGGAGAGGGUGGCCCGCCAUAAAAACGCCAAGGGUCAGUGGAGACGCGCAUGGGACAUGGACAAAACUGAGAACAUGUUUCCAGACAAGUCCCCGUCCGAUAAAGACUGGGGGCCUUCGAGCAGAGGGGGAAGAAAUGCAAGAAGAGGGCAACAAAAAGCUGGCAGUGAUUCCAGAGGUCAUGAUAAAAGGGGUAAAGACAAGGCAGCUAAAAAUGUGCUUGUGAUGGGCAGUAAAGCUAAAGGCAAAGAUCGUCUGACCGGAAGGGCCAGGAGAUGGCAACCGAGUGAUGAUGAAGGGAAUCCACAGACUUUUAACGCAACACUGGAGGAAUUCCUAGAGGACCUGGAAACCCUCACAGAAGCUGAAGGAGACGAUGUGAAGGAUCAGGACUCAAAAGAGAAGGCGUCCCCCAGCCCGGACUCACUGAGCGCCUCUGAGGAAGUGAGUGGGUCGGCGGCUCUGGUGUCUGCUGAGAGUUUGAGAGAGGACACCCUCGCUGAGGGGAAGGCAGAAGCCUCGUCCCCUCGGGGAUCAGAGAAGAAAGUACGUUUCUCAGAGGAAAUCGUCCAGAAUGUUCCCGUCGGACAAGACUCAGUCGGCUCAGAAUCCAGGGGCUCGCUCAAAGCCUCCUCACCAAAAAACAACAAGCGAGAAGCGCGCGUGAGUGUCGGGGAAGAUGGCGGUUGUUCUCAGGCUAACGGAGGCGUCCCCCCGACUGAUCCCGUCACGCCGCCGCCUGAAGCCCCUGAAACAGACAGAGACCCCGCCCCGGCGCCCAGCCCCCCUCCCGCCGCAGAAACAGCCAGUGCCUCGCCACCCCAGAUGCCUGUCCAGCCAGCAGAGCUGGCCAAGUGCAACAUCAGCAACGCCAACGCAGAGGAACUCAUAGACUCGGGCCUGUCCGUCUUAAGCCUGGAGUCAGGAGAACCACACCCAGCACACUCCACCAGCAGUGACAAGGCACGGGAGAAUGGGAAGAUUGUUUGA